UGGUCCCUGCCCGCCUUCCCGCCAGUCGUCCGUCGUCUGUCGGGAGAAGAGGUCGCGGAUGCCAGGGGUGCGCUCCCACUGGCACUGGAGGCAAGUUGGGUUAUAUUCUUCCAUUUUUGCUGAUUGUGAAAGAACCGAAAAGCGGUCUUUGAUUCCCGAGACGGAAAAGAUAUCCGUUUUUUUCCUUCCUCUGAGUGAAUCUCCCUCCUCCCUGCUCACCACGUCACUGCAACAUGACCCUUAUGGAUGGACCUUUUGGGUUGCCACCUUUAUGGAGUGGAAGUGUCGCCCUGGGUCCCAGAGAGAAUGACUGGCAGCAGGAGCAGGUGGCAAGGACCCGAUUUAUCGCGUAUGGCGUGGUCGCGCCCAUCUCUGUCGCCGUGGGCAUCGUCGGCAAUCUCUUCACCAUCAUUCUGCUUCGCCAGCCGCAGUUCAGAGGGGUGACGUUCACCUACUUCCUGGUGCUUGCUCUGAGUGACCUGCUCUCCCUCUGCAUGGUCGUGUCCAUGUUAGUGCAUUUCCAACAUGAAAAGACGCUUGCCUUCUCCACGGCCGUGUGGUACGCACACUUCGAGGUGUUUCUGGUUAACAUGCCCAUGAGCGUCUCGGUGCUGGUCGUGGUGUUCAUCACAGUGGACCGCUUCUACUCAGUGUGUCGCCCCACGCACUUCACAGCCAUCCACACGGAACGCUGUGCUAGACUAGCCAUUGCAGGCUCAGUUGCAUUCUCAGUUCUGGUGUGGCUACCCACGUGUUUCCUCAUGCAACCGGUGGAGUGCGUCGAGCCCAAGUGCACCCCUCCUGACAACCGGACGUGGUGGGUGGUGCACUUCAACUCGAAGCUUUUUCCUGAGGACUGGUAUCGCCCGUACGCGUGGGUGAGGCAGGCCUUGCUGUCCUUCAUCCCCAUCAUCCUUCUGGUCGUCCUCAAUGCCCUCACCAUGAGGGGCUUUCUGCGACUGCGGGCCAGGAGGAACGAGAUGGCUAGGAGCUCCGCCAGUGGCAGUCUGCAGCUCACCGUCUCGUCAACUGCAGAGAGAAGGCACCGCAAGGAGCAGCACCUCAUCUCGCUGCUGGUGGCCGUCAUGAUCACCUUCAGCGUGACCAUGCUGCCCUCGGGGAUAUUCAAUGCAAUUCAUACAGACAACCCUAAACACGAGACGACCUACGAGGUCUUCAGAGCUGUGGGAAACAACCUCGAAAUCCUCAGCCAUGCUAUUAAUUUCUACAUGUACAUCUUGUGCAGCAGAACCAUCAGAGUGGCGCUGAAGAACAUCUUUCGGCGCCGCCGGCAGGUCUCCCUCGCCGGAGCCUCAGUGUCAAGAGUGCUGAUCGCGGUGCAACAGCUGGCCAAAAAUAACGGGAGAGGAAAGACGCCUUCUGCGGAGCCCACAAGGACCGCAGGAUAUGCUGACACUGAAGAGUUAAGGGAGCAAGCAAAUGAAACUUAGGCUGUUAUUGCAGCCUCAGAAAGAAACCUAACACAGACAGUGUGAAUGUGGGAGAAUAUCUUUCACUAGAAAGAGCAUCAUAAGCAGUGAGGCAGAUGGUGCCAGGACCUCCCUAGUUCUCAUCCCCUUGGAUGGACCCAGUGUAGCCGGGUCCCUGUGCUCAUGAUGCAGAGGGCACAAUGCCGGCAAUCAGAUCCCUCUGCUUAGCCAGAACACCCUUGCAUAGCACAAUGGCAGCUUUCCUCAUUUCCAAAAUAAACAUGAAUUUGUCUGUGAAUGCUGUCAAUACUCCUUUUUGAAAAUGGUCAACAUGAAUAAGUAAUAGUGCGAGAAACUGUGAUACAAAUACAUUCACAAAUAUGGGUGCAUGUGCAUACAUGACUAUAUGCACAUUAUCAUGUUUUAAAGUAAAACAUUAAACCAAACA